AUGCCUCCCAAGAAGAAUACUGAGGCUGGCACGGCCGCCGCAGGUCUCGACCUUACCGACUCCGAGAUCAAGCUCAUGUUCGGCAUGAUGGAGAUCAUGACCCGUCCUUCCAUCGAUUAUGACGCUCUCGCCGCCAACCUUGGCUCCGCUAGCGCCAACGCUGCCCGCACCCGCGUCGCUACCGCCGUCAAGCAGCACCCGACUUGGUUCACCGGCGGCACCUCUGUCACUGGUGAGGGCUCCUCCGCUGCUAGCAACGACGGUGGCACCCCCAUCAAGAAGCCUCGUGUCAAGCGCACCCCGAAGAAGAAGGCGCCUUCCGAUGAGGAGGAUGGCGCGAAUGCCGAAGAGCAGGACACGCCUUCCAAGAAGAAGGCCCGCAUUACCAAGGUCAAGGAGGAGGUGGAGGAUACUACUACCGAGGAUAUCAAGCCGAAGCUGGAGAAGACUGAGAUCGCCGAUGGCCAGAUUUGA